UUUUCCUUUUUUCAAUUUUAUUUUAUCCGGUUCCUGAGAUUUUGAACCUUCAGGGUGCAAGGGAUGAGGAGGUUAAUUGGAGUAUCUGCUGCUUCAGAGUAGAGAAAGAUUUUUCAUUUCGAAAUUUAAUUUGACAGGUCUGUUUCUGGUUGAGUUUGCUGAUUUGUACCAUGGGUGUCUCAGGAAAAUGGAUUAGGGCACUGGUUGGUUUAAAAAAGUCAGAAAAGUCACCUUCUUCAGAAAAGGAUGAAAAUAGGGCAGCAGCUAGCAAGUUUCGGCAUCGGAGAAAGCACUCAGUGGAGAUUGAUACUGAUAAACUUCAGGAUGAAUUUGAUCAGAAUGCUGCUCCACUAGUUGGAGAUGCUAAUAUAAAUGUGAUUGCAGAGACUGUUGGCUCUCCAUCAUAUUCACUGCAAGUGCAAAAUAUAGUUCAUGAUCAACAAAACUUGAGAGAAGAAUGGGCUGCAACACGCAUCCAAACAGCUUUUCGUGGAUUUUUGGCUAGAAGGGCUUUAAGAGCAUUGAAAGGGUUAGUGAGACUUCAAGCCCUUGUCAGAGGUCAUGCAGUGAGAAAACAAGCUGCAAUAACUCUUCGCUGCAUGCAAGCUUUAGUAAGAGUUCAGGCCCGUGUCCGAGCAAGGCGUGUUCGAUUGGCAUUGGAAAGUCAAACAGCACAACAUAAACUUCAGCAACAACUUGCGAAUGAGGCUCGUGUUCGAGAAAUAGAGGAAGGAUGGUGUGACAGUGUAGGAUCAGUUGAAGAAAUUCAAGCCAAGUUGCUCAAGAGGCAGGAGGCUGCUGCUAAGCGUGAGAGAGCCAUGGCAUAUGCUCUUGCUCACCAGUGGCAGGCAGGCUCAAGACAGCAGUCUGCUCCUUCUGGAUUUGAACCUGAUAAAAGCAGCUGGGGAUGGAAUUGGUUGGAGAGAUGGAUGGCUGUCCGUCCCUGGGAAAAUCGCUUUCUUGACAUUAAUCUUAAAGAUGGAGUAAUGAUACGUGAGAAUGAAUCUGCUGAGACUAACAGUGGCUCCAAAUCUCAGAUAAAAUCUUCUGGCAAGAAACCGCUUUCAUCAAAUCUUCACUCCAACCUUUUAAGUCAGAAAACAGUUCCAUCUCAGUCUGAAGGGAGUAGUUCUCCUGGUAUAUCAGUGGGCAUGCUAGAGGCAUCCACAACACAGUUUGCCAAGCCAAAGUCCAAGCCACCUCUUGAAGAUCUAAUUGAAGAAGUCAACUCAAGGCCUGCUGGCGUUGGUGCCAGAUCCCACAGCAAUCCAAAAGAGAGAUCCACUCAAUCAGAUAAACCAGGAAAGAAGCGCUUGUCUCUUCCUAACAAUGCCGGGGCUCAUGGGACUCGGACAAAAAGGGUUGUAACAUCUGCUGCUAAAGUGACAGCAGGCUCUCAUAAACCCAUCAAUAGUAAAUCCAAGAUUAAUGGAAAAGGAGAUUCAAACCCUACAAAAUCUGUUCCGGUGUCUGUUGAUCUGUAG